AUGUUGGCUAUUUUUGCCGAACAUGAUAAAGAAUCUUGGGAUAUACGGUUGCCGCAACUAGCACUGGCCAUCAGAGCGGCCAUAAAUGAAUCCACUGGCCACAGUCCAGCAUUUUUAAUGUAUGGUCAAGAACUGAAACUACCACUCGAUCGCAUAUACGGUCCCGAAGCGGAUGUUCUUGAUGAGUUGAAAUCUGAGGAAGUUCGAUCCUACACUGAACGACUUAAAGCCAUUCUUGUGUCUGCACAUCAAUCGAUCAGAGAAAAUUUGGAAAUUGCCCAGCAAGAACAAAAGCUUCUUUAUGAUCGACGUCGUAAAGAUGCCCAGUUUAAAGAAGCUCCCUUUAUGUGGUAUGCGAACGAUACAAAAAACGAAUUUUGGUAUUUAAAUUAUGCUACUCUAAAUGAAAAAGCUUUGUUUUCAUAUACAGAGUUUUUAUCCGCAUCAUUAGAAAAUAUUUGUCAGUUUAUUUUAUUAUUAAAAAAUAUUUCUUUACGAAAUAUGAAACAUUUAUCAAUUGCCUUUAAACAAUAUAUUAUGGAUGAUGCACAUUUAAAAACAUUGCUAAAUGAAGAUGAAUUUUGGAAAAAACUUAACAUCGUCGAUGCUGAUGAAAGCGACAUCUGCUGUAUUGAUUGUCUUCCAUUAAAGGUGUUAAAAAUAAGAAAUAUUUUAUUUUCAAAUUGUUUAAUGCUAAUUAAGUAUUAUUGCCUUACAAUAUUUGCGAAACAUUUAGAAAUAUUGUUAUUAAUAGAAAUUUUUACGGAUAAAAGUGAUUCAUUUAAAGUGUUUGGUGUCUCAAGUGAAGCUCCUGCAGAAGGUGAGAAACACCUUAGUCCACCCGGGAACCUAACCGGCAUCUUAGAACGAUUAUUGCCGACUUCGGUUCAUCUUAUGAAUUUUAUUCAACACAUAUUAUGA